GACUUUUUGAAGCAUUGCGACCACGGAACUGGUUCGAUUCUGAAGAAACGCUUGCGUAACCUUUAUAGAUUAAAGGUUUGCGCAGUUCAAGAUGAGGUCUCUCGGUGAGCGUUUCAACAAGCUUCGCGCUAAGCUCAUUUCCUUAAGAUGCGGCCCGGGUGCAGCAAUCCUCCCCCCAGAGGUGACCAGAAUACAUAUGGACUUUGCAACGAGCUUCAAGAACGGUCAUAUGGGCGCCAAAAAGUUCUGGCGUGAGAACCUCCCCCGACUAAAAUACCAUAAUCCCUCAGUUCCUAUGAUCGUCAAUCGUCACAGCCGGAACAACAAGAAGCCUACACUCUCUAUCUAUCUCCGCAAACCCGACGCUUCAACUCCCGCACCCGCUACCCGUUCCCAGCCCUCCUCAUCACGCAAUAACAUGUCCAAGGCUACACCACCGGACGCUGACGAGAAGAUCAUUACCGUCGAUAUGACUGAGAAACACUCCUCUCACAUUCUUGAAUACGUACUUGCCGAGACCCGUGCUGUCCCCAUCAAACCCACCAAGGAGGAGAUUCGUGAAUUGCAGGAGUUGGACGCCAUGGCCAGACAAGCCGAGGUCGACCGAGCACGUAUGAGGAGUCUACGUGAGGAGAAGAAACGCGAGGAGGACAUGCUGAAGCGAGCCCGGGCUGCUGGCGGUGUUGCUGAGGAAGAGGAUUCGUGAAAAGGCUUUGAAUGAAAGAGACCAUAACGAUGCUGUACAAUAAAUGUGUAUUAACGAAUGCCACAUAUCUGGCAAGUGUACAAGUUGGAAAUUUAGAAAGUCCCACUACCUUCUGCUUGGACCCCUACGUUGGUCGAUGAACGGAUUGUUGGGCUGUCGCACACGUACAACGUAC